ACGGCACCACUAUAGAGUUCUUCGGUUCGCCUCCGUUUUCUUUCCCUCUGUUCUCUUCUCGCCUCCUCUUUUUCCAUUUUUUUUUCUUCCAAUGAAUUAUCGUUGAUUUGAUUGUAUUCGGAUUGCAAAUCGAUAAAGGCUUUCGUCCUCGGAUCAUUCGUACACGUUUUUGCACCUAUCUCAUCCCUUUUUUUCAUCUUUUUCUCUAAGAAAUCUAAGCCUCCCUCCCUCCCUCGCGGAAUAUAGUUCUUAAGCUUCUCUAGUUCUUCCUCGCUUGGAUUGUUCUAAGCAGUACCACGACGAAACCAGUGUUGAAGCACCUGCAAUUUAUUGUAGAUGGAUGAAUACCCUAGUAAAAGAGUUGCUAAUGGAUACACAUCCAGAAGGGGACCCAGUGCAGUUAUGAGAGAUACUGCAAAUAGCAGGGACCAAGAUGGUAAAUAUUGUAGCCGAAUUGGCUGCAGUGGCAGACUAAAUUCCCCAAGGAGCACGCGGAGUAGCUAUUCAGAGAAGCUUAAAUCUCCAUUGCAGUCUUUUCGAACCUCUUCAAGUGGCAAAGAAAUAGCUGGAAGUUCCUCUCGAACUUACUAUGCUGUUAGAGGUUCCAAGAAAUCUGUAGCUGAAACUCAGAGAAAACGACCGACCCAGUUAGAAACAGACUCUUCAGAAACUAGUAGCACUCAGGAUGAUUCAGAGAUUUCACAAGGCAUCCCAUCAAAUGAAAGGAUACGAAAAGGUCUUCAUGUUAGUCUUAAAAGUUCCGAUUCCACCGAUGACACAGUGAUGGAACCACGAAGCUCCAGUGUUGCUCCAAACACAAGAGGACGAAGGGAUUUCAAUCAAGGUUCUGGAAUGCGUAAUAAAGACACACUGGCAAGUUCUUCUGUGUUGAUGGGGUCUAAAAGUUCUCGCCCGACAUCACGUGGUGGUGCAGGUAGGCAUACCUUGAGAAAUUUCAGAUGUAAUUCGAUAUCUGAUGUCAUCUCAUCGGGUUGUUCUUCAUCAGAUCCAAAUCUUAGUAAACUGAAGGAUACAGCAAAGAAAAGGAAUUCUGAAGCGGAAAGUAGCUCUACAAGAGGAAAGAAAAUGAACGGAUCAUCUUCAGAAAGAAGGAUUACUAGCUCUGGUUAUGGCGUUUCUAUAUCUGGUUCAAGAGCAGCCAAAAAUGGAACUUCUAACAGGGAAAAUGGUAUUGCAUCAGUUCGGUCUAGGACAUCAAUUAAUGGGACGUCAAGAGCAAGAUCACAAAGCAACAGACCCGACAGAAACAGUACAUCUUUGCACGAGUCCCGGUCCAUGAUCUAUCAGGAGUCGCAAGACCAUCAACCUGAAAGCUCUGUUGAUAAUAAUGCACAUGAAGUCUCUACAGAGUUGAUUUCAGAUCACCCAAUUUCUUACAGAAGGUCAGAUAGUAUGAAUGAGAAUAUACUUAGUCAUAGACCUGCUAGUCCUGCAGAAAUCGGUUUGACUCGCUCUUUAACAACUCGAGAUAGCUUUCGACACUAUGUUAUUGCAGAGGUAUUGUUGGCGCUUGAAAGGAUUGAACACGAAGAAGAGCUAACAUAUGAGCAAGCAACUCUUUUAGAGACCAACCUUUUCCUUAGUGGCUUAAACGUCUACGACCAGCAUAGAGACAUGAGGCUCGAUAUCGAUAACAUGUCAUAUGAGGAAUUACUCGCUCUAGAAGAGAGAAUGGGAACUGUGAGCACAGCAGUUACUGAGGAAGCAUUGUCACAAUGCUUGAAUAGAAGCAUAUAUCAGUCUACACAUGCAGAGGAUACAAUUGCCGGUGGCAGUGAGUACGAGGAUAGCGUCAAAUGCUGCAUCUGCCAGGAGGAGUACUCAAAUGGAGAUGAAGUUGGGAUGCUGCGAUGCGAGCAUACUUACCAUGAAGGGUGUAUACAACAGUGGCUGCAGCUGAAGAAUUGGUGCCCCAUAUGCAAAGCAUCUGUGGAGGAACCUGCUUCGGCGCCUUCAUAAUUUGUUUGAUUGAGUCCAACAGAUAAAAGAAGAGGAGGAUUAAUCUUCUCCCUUCACCCAAGAUUUAUUGUACAUAGCAAAUUUGUUCUAUUUAAACUUAAUAAGCACAGGCCAACUUUUGGCUUUAGAAGUCCAAACUCAGUCUAAUCUGUGAAUGAAAUCUCUCCUCAUGUUCAACCGUCCUUUUCAAUUCUCAGUACGUUCAUUUACUGAACUUUCUAAAUUGUUUUGAAAGGAGUAAGAACUAAGGAUGCUUUUCGCUCCUGGAUUU